AUGAAGCUCUAUGAGGGUGACUCCGACCCGACGGAGCACAUCAACUUCUUCGUGGGAGCCAUGCAGUACGCCGGGGCUACUGACCCGAUCUACUGCCGCUGCUUCCCGAUGAGCUUGGGGAAGGGCCCGAUGAACUGGUUCCAAAACCUCCCCAACAACUCCAUCCACAACUGGGAAGGAGUCAUGUCCAACUUCUUGACCCAGUAUUCCUCGGUAAGAAAUAUUCCGAAGUCAGAAGAAACACUGGCCUUGAUCAUGCAGGGCGAGAAGGAAUCCCUGAAGGCUUUCCUUAACCGCUUCAACAAAGAAGCAGGAGACAUUCCGGACCUCCUCCCUCAGGUCCGCCUAAUCUUGGUACGACAAGCGCUUAGGCCAGGCCCUUUCUUAACUUCUUUGGAUGGGAAGAAAGCCAGGACACUGGAGGAAUUCCAGACCCGAUCAUAG